UCUGCCUUACAUUGGCUGGACUCGACUCUGUGGUUGACGUGCGGGCGGCGUGCGGGAGGGCAGGGGAGAGGGAAAAAACCGCCGCCGCCGGCGCGAGGCCAUCGAGAGAGAGAGAGAGAGAGAGGCAAAGGCGGCCUCGGGGCCGCUUUCCACAACAUGGACCCGAACCGCAUCGUCCAGGCGCUGAAAGGCACCAUCGACCCCAACCUGAGGAUAGCGGCGGAGAACGAGCUGAACCAGUCCUACAAGAUCAUUAACUUUGCUCCAACAUUGCUUCAGAUCAUUGUGUCUGAUCAGGUCGAAUUUCCAGUCAGACAGGCAGCGGCCAUCUAUAUGAAGAACAUGGUGACUCAGUACUGGCCAGAUCGGGAAGCACCCCCAGGGGAAGCUAUGUUGCCUUUCAACAUACACGAAAAUGAUCGGCAGCAAAUCCGUGACAACAUCGUAGAGGGAAUCAUCCACUCUCCUGAUUUAAUCAGGUCUCAGCUGGCCGUGUGUCUCCGUAUUAUCAUAAAGUACGACUUUCCCGGACGUUGGACAACAGUUGUUGAUAAAAUUGGGUAUUUCCUGCAAACUGCAAACAGUGGCAGCUGGCUUGGCAGUCUGCUUUGCCUGUAUCAACUGGUCAGGACGUAUGAAUUCAAGAAGGCAGAGGAACGGGAUCCCCUGAUUGCAGCCAUGCAGAUAUUUCUGCCACGGAUUCAGCAACAUAUUGUGCAGCUUUUGCCAGACGCAUCACAUUAUUCAGUGCUGAUUCAAAAACAAAUCCUAAAGAUCUUCUAUGCACUUGUUCAGUACACACUGCCUUUGCAACUAGUAAACAAGCAGACCAUGACUCAGUGGAUGGAGGUGUUUCGGUUGAUCAUUGAUCGAGAUGUUCCUCCUGAGACGUUGCAGGUGGAUGAAGACGACCGGCCUGAACUGGUGUGGUGGAAAUGCAAGAAGUGGGCUUUGCACAUUGUUGUGCGACUCUUUGAAAGGUAUGGAAGCCCUGGAAAUGUAACCAAGGAGUACAUUGAAUUUUCAGAAUUCUUUUUCCAAACCUAUGCUGUUGGUAUUCAACAGGUAUUACUGAAUUUAGUGGCUCAUUUCCGACACAAGCAGUACGUUACCCCCCGUGUCCUGCAGCAGGCCCUCAACUACUUGAAUCAGGGGGUUGGCCACUCUCUCACGUGGAAACAAAUGAAACCACACAUUCAGAGCAUUUCUGAAGAGGUGAUCUUCCCAUUGAUGUGUUACAAGGAUGAAGAUGAGGAGCUGUGGCAGGAGGAUCCUUAUGAGUACAUUCGAAUGAAAUUUGAUGUGUUCGAGGACCAUGUCUCACCAACCAUUGCUGCCCAGAAUUUUCUUUACACAGCAGCUAAGAAGAGGAAAGAGGUUUUACCCAAGAUGAUGAGCUUUUGUUACCAUAUCCUGACAGACCCUGGCACUGAUCCACGGAAGAAGGAUGGAGCACUGCAUGUCAUUGGUUCACUGGCAGAAAUUCUACUGAAAAAAAACGUGUACAAGGGUCAGAUGGAGUUGAUGCUGCAGAAUUAUGUGUUUCCCCUCUUUAACUCAAACCUGGGCUAUCUUCGAGCCAGGGCUUGUUGGGUCCUUCACUCCUUUUGCAAUCUCAAGUUUGCAAAUGACCUCAACCUAAGAAAUGCAGUUGAAUUGACCAAGAAAAGUUUAAUUGAGGACAAAGAGAUGCCUGUGAAAGUCGAAGCAGCCAUUGCACUGCAGACACUAAUAAGCAACCAGGAUCAAGCUAAGGAAUACAUAAAGCCAUCUGUCAGGCCAGUGAUGCAAGAGCUACUACAUAUUGUCAGAGAAACCGAAAAUGACGACUUGACCAAUGUCGUUCAAAAGAUGAUCUGUGAAUACAGUGACGAGAUGACCACCAUUGCCGUUGACAUGACGCAGCAUUUGGCUAUGACAUUCAGUAAGGUUCUUCAGAGUGAUGCUUAUGAAGAGAUUGAGGACAAGACUGUGAUGGCCAUGGGCGUCCUGAACACAAUCGACACCAUCCUAACAGUGGUGGAGGACCACAAGGAGAUAACUCAGCAGCUCGAAGGCAUCUGCUUGCAGGUCAUUGGGCUUGUUCUACAGAAACGCGUGAUAGAGUUUUAUGAAGAGGUUCUCUCUUUGGCAUACAGCUUAACAUGUCAAAUCAUCUCUCCCAACAUGUGGCAGCUCUUGGGUGUUUUAUUUGAGGUCUUCCAGCAAGACUGCUUUGAAUACUUCACAGAUAUGAUGCCAGUUUUACACAAUUAUGUGACCGUAGACACAGAUGCAUUUCUGUCCAAUCCGAAAAACGUGGAGAUCGUUUAUAACAUGUGCAAGAAGGUCCUGGCAGGAGAUGCAGGAGAGGAUGCCGAGUGCCAUGCAGCUAAAUUGCUUGAAGUCAUCAUCCUUCAGUGUCAAGGGAAGGGAAUUGAUCAGUGUAUUCCACUGUUUGUCGAAGCCGUUCUGGAACGUUUGACGCGAGGGGUUAAGACAAGUGAACUCCGUACAAUGUGUCUUCAGGUGGCCAUUGCAGCAUUAUACUACAGCCCCAGCCUGCUUGUGAACACUUUGGAAAAUAUUCAUUUCUCACACAGUUCAGAGCCCAUAACUGCACAGUUCAUUAACCAGUGGAUGAAUGACACGGAUUGUUUCCUUGGGCUCCACGACCGCAAGGUGUGUAUUCUUGGACUAAGCACACUGAUGCAAAUGCAGAACAGGCCAGAAGCGGUAGGCGCAGUGGCUGACCAGAUCCUUCCAUCACUCCUACUUCUCUUCCUGGGACUAAAGCGAGCGUAUGCUAGCAGGGCUCCUACUGACCAAGGCGACAACAGAGAGGAGAAAAUUGAGGAAGCUGAAGAAAAUGAAGAGAUCCCAAGCGAUGAAGAUGAUGUCAAAGAAGCGGGCCAGCAGUACCUAGAGAUGCUGGAGCAACACCAGGCUGAGGAAGAGGACGAGGAAGAAGAUGAUGACUGGGAUGAAGAUGGUUUAGAAGAGACUGCUCUGGAGGGCUUCUCCACACCGCUCGAUGAAGACAACAGCGUUGACGAAUAUCAGAUUUUCACAUUAGCACUCCUAAACGUGCAAAACACAGACUCUGCCUGGUACCAGGUACUAACUGCUCCACUCAGUGAAGACCAGAAAAAGCAGUUGCAGGAGAUCUUUGUGCUGACAGAAGAGAGGAAAAAUGCAGCAGAAUCUAAGAAAAUUCGAGACCAGGGCGGUUACAAGUUUGAUAUGAGUGCAUCAAUUCCAGCAUCAUUCAAUUUUGGAGCGACUCCAGGGGGCAACUAAAUGACAGAGAAGUGUUUCUGAAACUUCAGGGUAACAUGAAAAAAUCUUCCAUCCAUCAGCAUGACUGAAGCUCAAGGCAUUUGGGACUGGCAUUGAACCGUUUCCAUGCUGCGUUGCAACGUGGUAUCAUUUGAGAGUUUAUCAGUAUUUUCUUUCCCCUCAAGUGGACUGAGUGAACAUCGUUUGCCCUCCCUACCUUCCUUCCCCCUUAAUAGGCACUAAGGGUAAAGGUUUGGUUAACCGCCACCUCUCAGGUUCCUGACCAUAGGCAUUUGACGGGUUUUUAUGGCUACAUAGUGCCUUUUGUUGCACAUGGGUUGCUUCGGAUUUUAGUUUGGAAAGAAGUGAUAUCAUGAAAAAAAACUUCAACCUUGUUUUGUAAUGUUUAUCAGAGAAUUUUAAAAAGUACCGUUUAUUGCUGCUCUGCUAUUUUUGAAGUUCUGUGUGGUAACUAUUUUAACAUUUUAAAAUUUUAAACUACUCGGGCAAAUGCCCUUGGUUUCUGUGAUUUGUGAUAGCGUAGGAAGAAGAAAAAGCUGUAACUCCGUGUAAGAUAAUGUGGAAAUUCACAAGUCUGUCUUGGUGGACAGUAACCAUUCCUUUUUUCUGAAAGGGAGACAAAUUUUAAAAAAAACUACGCACAAUACAAAUGUAAAUUCUGUGAUGGUAAGUCCAGUGAAUGGUGAUCAGACAAUUUGAGACUCAGAAUAUAAAAUAUUUUCUUGUUCAUAUAUUAUAUAAGGUGGAAAUUGCCCUUAUGUGGUAUCACAAGAAUAGUUCUUGAUCAGUUUCUGUACCAGUGAAUUGGUUCUUUGAGAGAGCUUGUGAGUUUUCAUUCUCAGCUAUUAAGUGCCUCAAUAAAGCCUUUAGUUGAGCAAA